AUGUUACUUCGUAGUCUUGUUCAUGGAGCUGGUAGAUUUGCAGUUCGUUCCUCGUUUCGUAAUUUAACGAGCACUCUUCAAACAAAUCCAUCGGUAACAUAUCAACAAACUCUUCUUAACGUACCAGAAACUCGAGUAACAUCAACAAAAAAUGGUUUGCGUGUAGCAUCAGAAGAUUAUGGUCUACCAACAUGUACUGUUGGAAUAUGGAUUGAUGCUGGUAGCCGAUUUGAAACAGCUGAAAAUAAUGGUACAGCUCAUUUUCUUGAACAUAUGGCUUUCAAAGGUACAAAUAAACGAACACAACGUGAACUUGAACUUGAAGUUGAAAAUCUUGGUGCACAUCUCAAUGCUUAUACAUCAAGAGAACAAACUGUUUAUUAUGCAAAAUGUUUUAGUAAAGAUUUACCGCAAAUUGUUGAGCUUCUAUCGGAUAUAGCUCAAAAUAGUCAAUUUGGUGAAGAAGAAAUUGAACGUGAACGUCAUACUAUUCUACGUGAAAUGCAAGAAAUUGAAAAUAAUUUACAAGAAGUCGUUUUCGAUCAUUUACAUGCAACUGCUUAUCAAGGAACUCCGUUAGGACGAACUAUUCUUGGCCCUAGUGAAAAUAUUAAAUCAAUUAAAAAAGCUGAUUUACUUAAAUAUGUAGGAACACAUUAUAGAGCAUCACGAAUAGUUUUAGCUGCUGCUGGUGGAGUUAAUCAUGAUCAAUUAGUUCAUUUAAGUGAAGAACAUUUCGGAAAAUUGAAAGCUGGUGCUCAAGGAGACUUCAAUGAUCUGAUGCCAUGCCGUUUCACCGGAAGUGAAAUUCGUGUUCGGGAUGAUGAUAUGCCAUUGGCUCAUAUUGCAAUUGCUGUUGAAAGUACUGGUUGGGCCGAUGCUGAUACUAUUCCACUGAUGGUUGCGUCGACUAUUGUUGGAAAUUGGGAUAGAUCUAUGGCUGGUGGUGGUCAUGUAGCAACGCGUCUUGGUCAACAAGCAAAUAAAUAUAAUUUAUGUCAUUCAUAUCAAGCUUUUAAUACAUGUUAUACAGAUACCGGUUUAUGGGGAACUUAUUUAGUUACUGAUCGAAUGAAAAUCGAUGAUGCCAUGUGUGCAAUACAAGAUGAAUGGUGUCGUAUUGCAACGGCGUGUACUGAUAUUGAAGUGACAAGAGCUAAAAAUUUACUCAAAACUAAUAUGUUAUUAAUGCUUGACGGAUCAACACCAAUUUGUGAAGAUAUUGGGCGUCAAUUACUUUCCUAUGGUCGACGUAUUCCCUUACAUGAACUGGACGCUCGUAUUGAUGCUGUUGAUGCAAAAACAGUUAUGGCAGCAAUGAAACAAUAUGUUUACAAUCAUUGUCCAGCUAUCGCUGCUGUUGGUCCCAUUGAACAGCUACGUGAAUACAAUCGAACACGUAGUCGAAUGUAUACUAUAACACAUUGA